AUGGAGCGAUUUAGUCCGGCUAUUGUGGUGGCGUUGUUAGUUGAGAAGUUUGGUGUUGAUGAUGCUUCUUCUGCAACUAGAGAAGAGAAGAAGGUGGCCCAGAGAUUGGUAGAUAUUAUCGCACGACAUGUGGAGGGUGAUGAAUUGGAGGUGGAAGAGCAUGAGGAAGUAUGUAGUGAAAGUGAGGAUGAUGUGGAGCCGUCGGUUAAUCUGGAUGAUGGUGUCGUUGUCAAUCCGGAUAGUAUUUCGUUCAGCAACGGUAAAGUGAUUAGCGCAACGGAUGUUCGACGCGCGAUUGAUUAUUAUCGUUCGCCAAGUGAUGGAUGUAGACCGUUUUCUUCAAUGCACAAUAGGUUCAGAUUCAUCAGCAACAAAAACGACAUGAAACGGCUACGCGAAUUCGAAAGGAAUGAGAUGUCGAUUGUGGAUCGUCGCAAUCGCAUCAAGGCACUAUCGGCAAAACUCAAGGAAACUGUCAUCGAGAAAAUGGGAAGGGGUGUCAUACUGCAUGACACUGAUCUGCGAGCGCUGGCUCACUCGUUGAAUAAGGAAUUUAGAAUACCUCGUUUCGAGGCAUCGGGAGGAUGGAUAAAAAAGUUCAAGCGCGCCAAUCAUUUUACAUCGAGGCGAAUAACAAAAUUU